GAGCUCACUGCAGCAGGUGGACAUGACUUAGGGAGCUGGAAGACAACGCUUAAGAAAUACAUCAUGAACUGUUGCGUGAAGGUUGAGUAGGUGGAUCUUGUGGUCAACACUUUAAUCUGCACAUGUCAUAGAUUUUCCAAACACUUUACCAGAGGACUGUGCUGCAACAAUGCCAGAGAUGCCGCUGGUCAAGGACAUUUGCUGCAGCUCUGUUGAAUGUAGAACACCCCCCUUGAGGCAGCUCAGCCAGCCAUCGCUGCUGCUCCACAGAAGUCCCCACACACCUAGAACGUUUUGCACAGAGCAUAACGUGCAAGAAUGUCUGUCACACAUCAAUCAGGAGUUGUCAUCUUUGGGCCUCCCACCAUUUUGGUCAGAGCUGGACAGCAGCUCAGAGCUGAAUAAUGUGUCUGCGUUGAAUUGCAUGUAUGACCUUAUUCAGCUGCACCACAGGAGCCUCAGAACGUUAGAAAACAUGGAAGUGGAGCAGCUUAAGCUGAGCAGCAACGUGGAUUACUUGAAGCUCUCAAACAGUCAUCUAAAAGAGCAGCUUGAACUUUCUAAAAGAGAGAACACAGGACUCCACGAGAGAGAACGGCAGCUCCAGUUAAAAGCCAAAAGUUUGCAGAACUGUCUGAAAAAUGAAAAAGAGGAGGUGCAAAAACUUCAGAACAUAAUUUCAAGCCGUGCUAGUCAGUACAACCACGAUAUGAAAAGAAAGGAAAGAGAGUUUAACAAACUAAAGGAGCGACUAACUCAACUCCUGGCUGAUAAGAAGGAGAGAAAACAAGCUAUUGAUGUUUUAAAUAACAUGGGGAGAGCUGAUGGCAAAAGGAGCCUUUGGAAAACUGAAAACACGAAGGCAAAACACGAGGGGGAGUUGUACAAAACUCUUCUGAGUAACUAUGAGUCCAGACAAAGGGAGCUGGUGUUGGAAAACGCAGAACUAAAGAAGGUGUUGCAUCAGAUGACGAAAGAAAUUGCGGCCAUACUUGGAUCGAGAAAAUUGUCUUUGAAAGGAGAAAAACCUGGUCCUGUAGACACACAGGCUGCUUCAGAGGAAGAAGAGGAGGAAAUAUUUGAUCCCAGCAAGGACAGUGUAGAGAUGAAUUGUGUUCAGGCUCGGGAGAAACUCACCAGCAGUAUUCGCCUUCAGUGGAAAAAACUCAAAAGCCACGUUGAAAGACUAGACAGCCAAGCGUCUUUGACUCAGAUGGGUGAAAGUACAAAUAGUGAUGCUGUAGCUCGAGAGACUCACGAGCAGGAGAUGGAAAGUCUAAAGCUGGAGAUCCAACAGUGCAAAGACUUUAUUCAAACACAACAGCAGCUCCUGCAGCAGCAAAUGAACUCUCAUUGUGAUGAUGGUGUUGCAACGCUGAUGAACGAUGGCUACAUGCUACAUGAGAAAAAGCGCCUCAGAGAUGAGUGGAUGAUCCUUGAGAAACAGAGAAAGAGCUUUGAAAGGGAGAGGAAUAACUUCACUGAAGCAGCCAUUAGACUGAGCCAUGAGAGGAAGAAGUAUGAAGAAGAUCGGGCAACAUGGCUCAAACACCAGUUUCUAACUGAAACAAAGGUUAGUUCACUGCUGGCUCCAGAAAAGCUCAUUGGCUGCCAUUCAAACUCAGCUUCUACACCCAACGUUUCUCUGCCAUUAUCUUCUGUGGCUAACCUACAGCACACACUUAGCCUUAUUCCAGAAAACAGAUCCACAAAACCUAAGAGAGGAUCUGAGGACUCAAUUGUUCUCUGUGGAAAUGAUCAUCUCCAGGAAGAACAACGGACCAACAAUGAAGAUUUCAGCAGCAAUUCAUGCACACAGGAGAAGAACUGCACUAUAUGAAGCCAAAAAGGCUUAUCAUUUGGAUAACAAUUACUGUCCGUGUCCAGUGAUUAUCUAUGAAUUUAGAAAUCUGAUAGGUGAAUAAACCCACACAGAAAAAACAA